AUGUCGCUCCCGGUACGGAUGUUAACUGGCAGGAUCAUGCGAACAAUGAGAUACGUAGCUCCCAUCACCGCUUCACAUUUCACCCCUUCUGUACCAACACAACGGAGAUGGAUGGCUUCUGAACCACAGAGACAUGAAUUCCAAGCAGAGACACGGAAUCUUAUGGACAUUGUCGCAAAAUCCUUGUAUUCACACAGCGAGGUAUUUGUUCGCGAGCUCAUUUCCAAUGCUUCGGAUGCUCUUGAGAAGAGACGAUACGCAGAAUUGAAAGGUGACGUGGCAGAAGGUCCAAGUGAAAUUCGAAUCACGACUAACAAAGACAAACGAACAAUCACAUUUGAGGAUACCGGUAUCGGAAUGAAUCGAGAGGAUCUUGUAAAGUUUUUGGGAACUAUUGCAAAAUCAGGAUCGAAGGAUUUCAUUGAGAAUAACAAGGAAAACGCUGAAGCAGUUAUUGGACAAUUCGGAGUUGGAUUCUACUCAGCUUUUAUGGUUGCUGAUUCCGUUGUUGUCACGACUAGAAAAGUUGGUUCAUCGGAUGCCGAUGGCCUUCAAUGGACAUGGAAUGGAGACAACUCGUAUGAAAUUGCUGAAACAUCCGGGCUUCAAACUGGAACUAAAAUUGAGAUUAGACUGAAAGUUGGAGAUUCGGCAACCUAUGCGGAAGAAGAUAGAAUCAAAGAAGUUAUCAAUAAAUAUUCGUAUUUUGUUUCUGCGCCAAUUUUGGUGAAUGGAGAGAGAGUGAACAAUUUGAAUGCAAUUUGGACGAUGCAGGCGAGAGAAGUUAACAAAGAAAUGCAUGAAACAUUCUUCAAACAACUCGUGAAAACGCAAGGAAAACAAGAAAUGUAUACUCGUCCACAAUACACAAUUCAUUUUCAAACUGAUACUCCAGUAUCUCUUCGAUCAGUUAUCUACAUUCCACAGACUCAAUUCAACCAGCUAACGUUCAUGGCUCAACAGACGAUGUGUGGACUCUCACUCUAUGCAAGACGAGUUCUUAUUAAGCCAGAUGCCCAGGAGUUGAUUCCAAAUUAUCUUCGUUUUGUGAUUGGAGUUGUCGAUUCGGAGGACAUUCCUCUGAAUUUAUCCCGUGAAAUGCUGCAAAAUAAUCCAGUUCUCCGUAAACUUCGUAAAAUUAUCACCGACAAAAUCUUGGGCAGUCUUCAAUCGGAAAUGAAAAAAGAUCCUGUGAAGUACUCGGAAUUCUUCAAAAACUAUUCCUUGUAUUUCAAAGAAGGAGUUGUAACUGAACAAGAUCAAGGAGUGAAGGAGGAUGUUGCAAAGUUGUUAUUAUUUGAGUCUUCUUCAAAGAAGGCUGGAGAACUAACAAGUCUUGGAGAUUAUGUAAAGAGAAUGCAAGAAGGACAGAAAGAGAUCUACUAUAUGUAUGCUAACAACCGUCAACUAGCUGAAUCAUCUCCUUAUUAUGAAGUCAUCAAGUCACAAAAUAAGGAAGUUCUGUUUCUUUAUGAUCCAGCCGACGAAGUUGUGUUCUUGGGUCUUGGGCAGUUUGGAAUGAAACAAUUAGUUCCAGUUGAAAAGUGGGCUCAAGAAGAAGCUGAAAAGACUGGAACUGAUGAUAAGAAGGAUACUAAAGAUUUCCGAGAUAAUGAGAAGAAAGAGCUCCUCGAUUGGAUGAAAGAAACACUUGGAAGUGUUCGAGUUUCUGAAAUUUCUGGCAACCAUCGUCCGAGUGAGCAUCCAGUCAUGGUGACUGUGCUCGAUAUGGGAGCGGCUCGUCAUUUCUUGAGAACCGGAGAAAUCAAGGAUAUGGAGCAUUUAGUGUACUUCAAACCACAUGUUCAUGUUAAUUUAACACAUCCAUUGGUCAAGGCAAUGUACAAAAUGAGAAAAACAGAUAAGGAAACCGCGGCUAUUUUGGCUGAGCAGAUUUAUGACAAUGCUCUAAUCACAGCUGGAUUGAUUAAAGAUACAAGCCGAAUGGUCGGAAGAUUGAACAAAUUAUUGACUUCCUUGGCUGGAAAUAAGGGUACAAGCACCAUUUUGACGCCAUAAUUUCCACAUUUAUUUUUGUUUUUAUUGUAGUUUUAGGAUAGAUAUCAUAAUAACUUAUUCCUUUUUUGUGUUUUUGAUCUGUUGAACCUGUGCCUUUUCCCAUACAUUCGUUGAUUUUUA